UAUACAGGGACUGGCUGUACUGCUGCCCUAUAUCAGUGUACAACUGGAGAUUCAAUUAUGUCUUAUUGUGCUUUGAUUUCGUUUUUCCAGAUAAAGCCACUCCCACACUGCCGCUACGCCCAAAUUGUGGACGAGGUGUGUGGAGACCAACAUAUCUUUCGAAGAUGCAGAGUUCCAGUAACACUGCCCGUGCCAGAAGGGCAGUCCAGCAGCUGAGAAUAGAAGCCAGCAUUGAGAGAAUUAAGGUGUCCAAGGCCUCAGCAGACCUGAUGCACUACUGUGGAGAACAGGGUAAAUACGACCCUCUACUCAUGGGUAUACCAGCCUCUGAAAACCCCUUCAAAGACAAGAAGCCAUGCACCAUAUUAUAGUAGCGGAACAGCUGAAUUAUCUUCGCUUUUUAAAAUUUGUGUUCUUUUAUAGGGAGAAAUAUACAACGUUAAUACCGGUACACUAUUUGCCUUAAGGCCAGCCCAGUCCCAUUCCCCAUGUUUCCUUGUAAUUUAGGUUGAUUUCAAAAUGUUACCUUAGAGCUCUGGUCAAAAGUAGUGCAAUAUAAAGGGAAUAGGGUGCCAUUUGGGACUCAUUCACUCUCUCUUUUAAACUAGUGCCAUUUUGGUAGAAUCAGAAUCAUUGGUCCUCUCUCUCCAUCAGAUACAACAAUUAAUUUGUGACCCAGAAAAAAAGGGUUUAGUAUAGUUCAGUCAGUCAUAUAUACAGUGCCUUGCGAAAGUAUUCGGCCCCCUUGAACUUUGCGACCUUUUGCCACAUUUCAGGCUUAGAGCAUUGUAUUUGGUACAAAUCAUUCCCUAAGUUUUAGACCUCUGAAUCUGGUCUCUGACUGUUGAGGAAAUUAAAUGUUUUGGUGUUACCUUAGACUGUAAAUUGUCAUGGUCAAGGAAUGUUGAAUCAGUUGUUGUAAAGAUUGGGAGAGAGAGGUAUGUCUGUAAUAAAGAGAUGCUCUGCAUUUUUAACACCACAGUAAACCAAACAAGUCCUGCAGGCUCAGUAUUUGUAUUGUUAAUUUUUUUCUCAAUGUGUGUAAAUUAGUGUUUUUAAUUGUAUUUCUUUAUUAUAAUUGUUUUAUGUCUGUAAUGUCUCUUAAUUUUUUAAAUGUAUGUAAAUUGUAAAGUAUUUUUGUCUGUCUUUUUCAUUGUGUCAGCCAUUGGCGUCAGCUAUGGGGAUCCUCAUAAAAUCAUGAAUCAUGAAUCUGGUUGUGAGUGUUGCACACAGCAGCACCCAGCCCUUUGCCCUCAAGUAAUCAAAUCAAAUCAAAGUUUAUUGGUUGCAUACACAGAUUUGCAGAUGUUACCACAGGUGCAGUAAAAUGCUUGUGUCUCUAGCUCCAACAAUGCACUAACACCUAGCAAUACAAAAUACUCACAUAAUUCAGAAAAAUAAAAAUGAAUAAAUAUCAGAAUAAGCAUUGUCAGAGACCUGAAUAUAAAUAUACUACAUUUUGGUAAUUUAGCGGGCACUCUUGACCUUAGCAGCUUACAGUCAGUGCAUUCAACCAAGGUUGAUUAAAAAAAAAACACAUGUCAUAGCAAGUAAAAUGUUUCUUUAACCGUAGAUACCAUUUUAUGUAUAUGUGUCCAGUAUGAAGGACCAAUUACUGGAAAUCUAUGGGUAAACGGACAGUGACUACAGAUCAAAGGACAGGGCUAGCUACUCAACCAUUAAUGGUUUUGAGACUUGCUGCCACUCUGAUCUAAACUGAACUACUACCACCUAUCACUUAAAUUGGUACAGCACUCUCACCAAUGGGUGCAACAAAUAUGGCCGCUUACAAGACACUCCUCAAAAUAUAUUAAUGAGUGAGAAACAACAAUACCAUAAACCAGUUAGGGUUCAAAAGGUUUUUGGCUCUCCAAAAAUACGGUAUUGGUAAUGUAUUAUAAAUUACUGGUAGUAAUUGGCCAGUAAGGUUUAUAGAAUUCCUCAAAUACAGUAUAUUACCGUAUUCUGUAGGGGUACGGCAUUCUCACUCAUUGGUGCAACAAAUAUAGCCUCUUACAAUUUACGUUAUUUUACUGUGCACUCUACAAUGUUUUACUGUUGAAAUGACAGAAAAGUCAUAGUGUGCUGUAAAACAAAUGCAUGGUAUUUUGCUGUGCCUUCUAUGAUAAUCUACUGUAUUCAUUUUAUACAGUAUCAUACUGUUGAUUAAUACAGUAAGUACAGAUACAAUGACAAAAACAUUUAACAGUGCACAUCAGCUAGAUCAUAAAUCAUGUCAAUGGCCCUAAAGCAUUGCAGUUGCACCACACUAGUUUAAACCUUUAAGCUCCUGAUUGCGUCAGUCAGUCCCCACACAGUAGCCUCUUUGGAAAACAAUCAGUCUAGUUUGAAUGCUACUAAUAAGCUUGUAAUAACCCUGUUAUGUAAAUCAGCCAGUCCCAUGACACAGGAGUGUCUUUGUUCCAAAUGGCAUCCUGGUUAGUGUACUCCUUUUGACCAGAGCCCUAUGGGCCCUUGUUAAAAGUAGUGCACUAAAUGGAAAAGGCGGCCAUUUGGGACUGGCCUGUGAAUGUCCCAUCACAACAAGAGAGGGCAGGCUGGCCAAAAGGUCAUGGCCUCUGUGACAAAUUAACACACUCUCAAAGGGUGCCUGUCAUUCUGUAAGGGAAAGCAUCUAGCUUGCAUCCACAGGGCCUGACGAAGGUUAAAGGAUGACCACUUCACCAUGUCUAACAAGCAUUGUUUUGUUUCUGCAAAGACAAUG